AUGAACUUUAAAGGAACCUAUUCUGCCAAUUUAAAAAAUUACUGUCCUGCCUUCAAAAACCGAACCAACGCGGAUCAUGCCAGCGAUGUAGUCGUAACAUGCAUUAAAAGGGAGAUACCCUUCGAUGAAGUUGACUUGCAAACAGACUUAGAAGCUGUAGCGGUCCAAGUAAUAUCUGAUACAAAGUUAUGUGUAUGCAACAUUUAUAUCCCCAAUUGGUUUGAUCUAUGCAUUGGAGACCUAAAAAAUUUAAUACUUAAACUACCUAGACCUUUUGUUUUACUAGGUGAUUUCAAUAGUCAUAACACUCUUCGGGGAUCCAAACGUACUGACCAAAGAGGAAAAAUAUUAGACACUGGCCCAACAUACUUUAAUGUUGCCAAUGGCUCCUUUAGUUCAAUCGAUCUCUCAAUCUGCAGUGCUUCCUUAGGACACCGUUUAAAGUGGGAAGUACUAGAAAAUCUUUAUAAUAGCGACCACUUUCCCAUUUUAAUUAAACUUACAAGCCCUCAUCAGAAAAUAUAUGAAAAAGAACCUCGAUGGAAGAUACACCAAACCGAUUGGAUGAAUUUUCAAAAGUUUAUGGAUGAGAAAAAUGAAGAAUUGGUCGAUCCGUCUCAAAACAACUGGGACCAAAUAGAUGACCUAAUCCUAAAUUUGAUCAACCUAAUUAUUGAAGCGGCUGACUCCAGUAUACCCAAAUCCUCAAACAAAUCCCAAAAACCCCAAGUACCCUGGUGGAAUGAAGAAGUCGAUAAAGCUCUCAAAGAUAAAAAGCAUGCAUUAAAUAUAAAAUUUGCAGUGCCUCAACACGCUAGGCAACACGUGUUCGAACAGAAGACUGGACGAUUGGCAAAAAAGGCAAGCGCGACUAGCAGUGAAGGAGAGGAAAAAAGGAAAGGAGAGGCAGGGGACGAUAAGGCAGAAAGAGACAAGAAUAACAAGAAGGAAGUGAGAAAGGUAAGAGAAAAAUGGGAAGAAUGGGAUAAACGCUGGAAGGAGGAGAAAUACAAGGUUUGGGAUAAGCUAGAAAGCAUUGAGAAUAGACAGAGAGAUGUUGACGCACAGAGAUCUAGAGAUAUAUAA